UCCUAUAGUGUGGUGACCGGAGGUCUAAUCAAUGUUUUAUUGUGUGUUUUUUUAAAAGGGCUGUUUGAGUGACGUGCUUUAAUACAAUCAGUAAUGUGAGGGGGAGUCAGUACCGUAAAAAGACUGUCUGCUGCCCGGAACUGUGGGUGUGGGGAAUACACCAGGGUGAUACAGCAGGGAAACAGGCCCUUCAGCCCAUCUGAUCCAAGGUCUCGGCGGAGGCUGGACUGGUGUCACGGUGAGCGCGGCCAUGCCGAGUGAGCGGCGGAGUCCGAUGCCAGGGUCCCGACGAAGGCAAGCGGCGGGCAGCGGGCCGGCACCCCGGGCCGGGGCAGCGGCGGCCGGGCCCCAGCGGCAGUAGGGCGGCCGGAGCGAGGCGACAGAGGCGAUGGAGAGGGUGAGCGGCGGCGACGGCUGCUCCCGGCCGCUGGACGGCGAGGCCUCCCGCCCGCGGUCGGAGCCGAGUCGCGGCGAGCUGCAGCUGCGGGCCGGCGGCAGGCUCCUCGAGUACGAGUGCCGGCGGCAGCGGGCCGGGGAGGCCGGGGCCCCGCGGGCGGCCUGGUGCACGGAGCUGGGCGAGGCCUCCGGUUGCCGUGGCAACCAGGAGGAGGAGGAGGAGGACGUAGGCCCGAGGCCCAAGGGCCGCGGCAAGAGGAAGGCGGCGGAGGUGAGUGAGCGGCGGCCGGCGGAGCAGAAGCGGAGGCGGCGGCCGAAGCAGCAGCGGCGCCGCAAGAGGCCGCCGAGGGACAAGGGCCUGCCCCUGAAGCGGACCUACGGCGACACCCGCGUCGACAGGCGGCUGCUGGCGGCCCGCCGCUUGGCCUCGGCCCCCCCGCAGCAGCAGAAGGUGUGGGCCCAGGCCCAGGCUCGGGGCCGAGGCCGGGGGCAGCCCGCCGGGCCCUGGGAGCCGAUGCUGCGCGGCCGCGGCUGCCGGACGGUGAGCCUGUCGGACGCCCAGACCCAGACCGAGUCCGGGACGCCCAGCAGCAGCUGCUCCGAACCCUCCACCUCCGAGUCCGGCCUCGACCGCUCGCCGACCCCCGGGGAGGAGGAGAGCAGCAGCAGCAGCCCCGGCAGCCCCGGCUCCAGCAGCCGCGACAGCUCGCAGCUCUCGGUGGCGCAGGCCGCCUGCCCCCCGGCCUCCCCCUUGGGCCACGGCGGCAGGCUCCAGGCCGGCCCGCGGCUGUGCCCCGACGGGAGCCGGGCCGGAGGGCGGCGGAGACCCGGCUCGCCGACGAGCCCCAGGCCGGGGGUUUACAGCGGGGGCCCCCGCAGGAGGAGAAGGAGCGUCCCCGGGGUGAGAGACUGUUCCCCUCAGGGCUCCCAGGACGGCUGGGGCUGCCUGAUAUUCUAACCUCACGCUGAAGCCGUGGGAGCAGAGACUUUGUAAAUAGAAGAGAGCUUAAAUAAAGUGCACGUUAUUGAGGCAGAAAGUGGGGUUUGGGGGCAGGAAGGGAUUGGGUGCAGAUCAGCCUGGUCCUGGGAUGGGUGAAGGGUGACCAGACACUCAGGUUUACACCAUUAUUAAAACAAUCAGAACAUCAGAUGGACUGUUAUUUAUUAAAUUGGAAAUAAAAUCAUCCCCCUUACCCACUUCAUCUUCCCCUGAGGGCUCGGCUCCAUUGCUGUGCCCACGUUGGUUUGAACCUGGGUCACCGUUUCACUGGGAUCUCCAGCCUUAUCCAAGUGACUGCCUCUGGCUGGUGAGUGAAGACCAGGGCUGGAGUGACCCUGAUCCCAAAUGAAACCUUAUUGCUGACCCUAUCCGCCAGCUGUUGCCCACGGGAGUUGGAUUUACGGAGUUGCACGGACGCGGGGGAUGCUGAAGGAAGUCCCAGAAGCUCUUGACAGCACAGUAGCUGAGAUCAGAGGAUUUACAGAAGUUCAGAGGGAAUCUGGAACCUUUCCUGCAGUUUACUUCAAGAAGAAAGCAAAGAUAGAACAACUCCGUGUGUGUGUGUGCCAUAGUCUCAGCACAGAAGGAGGUCAUUUGAUCCAUUCUGCCUGCAGCACUUCUUUAAGAGAACAUUCUAAUUAGUAGCACUCCCUUCUCUAUGUAUUCAGUUUCCCAUUGAAAGUUAUUUGUAACGUAUUCCCGAUUAAGACAAGAAUGAAAGAAAAUAACUUUCUCAAUUCUCUAUUUUUGUUAAUUAUCUAAAAUCUGAACCUCGUGACUAACAACCCUACUAUUACUAGAAACAGCUUCUCCUCAUUUAACUACAUAAUUUUGGACAUCACCUUAACAUCUCCCAUUAACCUCCUCUGGUAUAAGGAGGCUAACUCAUCUUCACAUUGAAUUCCCUCAUUCUGUUACCAUUUUAGUAAAAUCUCCUCAGAACUGUAUCUAAGGCCUUGACAUCCUAUCUAAAGUGUGGUUCCCAAAACUGAACACAAGUUUUAGAAGGGUUUAAUUUUGCUUCCUUGCCAUAUUUUUUGCCUUGCUUUAUAAAGCCUGAGAUUUCCUUGUUUUUAACAGUUUUCUCAACUUGUCUUGAAUAUACCAGCUCCAGAUCUCUUGAUUAAUAUGUACCACAUAGUUAUGUGUAGAUGUGUGUGAUUGUUGCUGGAAGAAAGUGUAUUCCAUUCCUGUAGUGUAGGAGCUGUUUCACCAUAGUUAAGAGUGCAAGGAAGAGGUGGGGAGGGGCAGCAAUAGAAUUGGCCUGGGAUAGAUCAGGGUAAAACUCCUCCAUUGGUCCUGACAAUUUGUGCUCGGAACUUGCUGGUUUUUCUUUACCCAAUCACAUUCAAUCUCUCACAAGUAAAAUAUAAAUUGGAAUUUUGAAACCAAAGUUGCAGAAGUGAUUGAAUGAAUGGAUCCAUAUCCAGUUCAUUCCCUGAGCUACACACAAAAACAUUCUCAGUCCUGAUUCAGUGGGAAUGGGGGGUCUCGUCCCGACUUUGAUCCGUCCGUUUGGUCCAGAAAUGUUUUGCUCUGACAUCCUAGACCCACCAGUCACCAGCUGAUAACAGCACAGCAAGGGCAGCGGGGUAUGUAGGGCUGCCGUGCACUGUAUUGACCAGUAAUAGUGCCCUCCAUCAUGGUAUGACACACAAGCUCCCCCUGCCGCCUCUUCACUAACCUGAUGCAGCCUUACCCAGGAGUGAACAUCGCGGCUGGGUUCAGUUGAUCUCAGUUGGUCAAUCAUGGGUUGAGGUUCCUCUGAGAGCUGGACCAUUGAGGCAGCGUUGCACUGUGUGGAAGCAGUAAUGAGAGAGUCCACUCUGGCAUAGAAGCUGGACUGUGGGAUCUACACAGCAGUGCUGAAAGAGGGCUGUACUGACAGAUAGAUAGUCCUGGGGCUUGUCCUGUGGUAGAUGCAGCCUUUCAUACAAUAAACAGUGUGGCUGGGAAUUUCUUGAGUUGGAAUGGUUGGCAGUCGGGGCCCAUCUGGAAUGUUGCACUUCCCAAAGUGUUCUUUGACAGAUUAUAAUCUGUAACAAUAAACCCAUCCGCUGGAUAGUUGGGGUCAGUUUGCUCCCACUAGUGUUUGAGUACUUCUCCUCCCCAUUGUUCAACUGCCUGCUGAAGUACCCGUGCCCCUGUGAACCCAGGCUCCAAGGAGGCAGAGUGAUGGGAGACUGUAGUAAACAGCUUCACACAAUAAAGGAGGUGCUUUUGAAUGGUAACUGGGGACACAGCAGGUAACCUGAAACAGCGUUGUGAAUCGUAGCUGAUGCAGGAUCUCAACCCGAAUUCUUCUACCCCCACAGAUACUGCUCGACCCACUGAGUUCCUCCAGCAGUUUGUUUUUUGCUUAUGAAUUGUUACUUGGCUGAACAAAUUCGUUACAAACUGUCUCCAGAAUGUCCACUCAAGGCCCAGAGUCCGCAGGGCUGCUGUGUUAAUUUUCUUAAUUCAUUCACAGGACGUGGGGGACCACUGAUGUAUGCUGGGUUUAUUACCCGUCCCCAAUGUCCACCAGCGGUGGUGAUGUUGUGAACCAUCCUCAUGAACUGCUUCCAUCGUGCAAUUUCCUGAGAAAUCUGGAGAAUGUUUCAAAGUAACCAGUAUGGGGAAUGAUGGUUAUGCAGUGUAGUCAGACAGAUGUUUUCGGCAGCAUUUACUGAGCCGUACACAUUCAGUAGAACUGCAAUGAUUAAUUCUCAUGAGUGUGACCUCACAGCAUUGAGCACGUUCGGAUACUGAUUGGAAUCAGUGCAGCCCCCUACAACAGUUGGGUAAAUCACUGCAAAACAGCUCAAUGUAUUCUUAAACGCAUAACAUUACUGGGAGCACACAGCCCUGCAGAGGCUGGGAUUUAUUAUUACAGAUUAUAGUCCAAAUUUUCAUUCUGUCAAAGAACAUUUUGAGGUGAAUAACAUUCCAGAUCAGUCACCACUGCCAACCAUUCCAAGCAGAAAUUCCCAGAUAGAGAGAUGUUGCAUCCCCUUUUCCAGGUAAGUUCCUAGAUAAAGAUCUUUACAGAAAAUGAAACCUAUGCUAGGAUAGAUCAGACCUUUAGCAGCUUAUAACAUCGACCCCGAGGAGCAUGCAAACAGCCAAGCUGCCAGUGAAUGAAUUGGAAGCAGUUUAAUGUCGGCUGUCAGAGGGGUCGUCUGAUGAGGGCCUGACUGCCUUUACGUUAUGUUGGAGAGCAACAGAUGACCUGGCCUAUUUUUAUAAUAUAUUAAACAUUGUUUGGAAAUGUUCUUGGAGGGUUGUCACAUUGCUGUGUGCACGCUUGCUUUAGAAAACCCUGUAACUGAGCAUCCAGAGACACCUCAUUGCUUUGUGUCAACGUGCUGAAUAAGUACAAGUCUUCUGCAUUUUCAUAGAAAAGCCCCUCCCACCAUGGAGUAGACUGUUAGUACAGAUUCUCCCACAGUGUAGGAGCCCCUUAGUAAUGUACCUUGUACAGCACACCCAUCCCUCAGUACUGCCCCUCCCACAGUGUGACCCUCCCUCAGUACUGCCCCUCUCACAGUGCGGCGCUCCCUCAGAAUUGCCCCUCCCACUGACACUCCCUCAGUACUGCCCCUCCCACAGUGCUGCGCUCCCUCAGUAUUGAUCCUCCCAUGGUGCUGUGACCCCUCCCCCCCUCACUAACCCCUCAGUGCCACCCCUCCCACUGUACAUUAGCCCUGGGGGACUGCUCCACCAACAGGGACAAACCUCGAACCUCUGAUUCAGCUGCAAGAUUAUAACUGCCCCAGUGAGAGAUUGUUGGCCUCUGGGUUGGGUUGACAGCCAGCUAUGCGGCACUCACAGGUGUCACCCUUACAGUUUGGACUGAGCUUCAAUGGCCUCCAUUACCUGUGGUUCACUUCUUUACGAGUUGCUGGAUUAUGAGUUGGUUACGGAGUGUUACUGGUGUGCCCUCCUGAAGACGCUGGAGUCUGUCGUGACUCAUGGGAUGGGCGCAAGGCCAACAUUUACUGCACAUCCUUCACUGCUUGUGAAGUGGCGGUGAACUCCUUCCUUGAACUGCUGAAGUCUGUGUGAUGAAAACGCUUGUUCUGGUUGCUCUGCCAGGUGUGGAAAACUCAGCAAACAUAGGUUGUUCCUUGAAGUGAGACAAAAGCUUGUGGCAGCCUGCAUUGAGUGACACACACACUCUACAAAGGCGGGCCAGGUGUGGAUUUAAUUACUAUGGGUGUGACUUUAGUCACAUUCAACCAACACAUAGAAUUAACAGAAUCCCACGGACUGUCAGCUCUGACAGAGUGUACAAGAGUUCAACACAGUCAAAGUGGAGUUUAUUGUUGGAGACACAAGUCCAUGUGUGCACGGGUGCAAUGAAACACUUACCUGCAGCAGCAUCACAGGCACACAGCAUCAUAGAAGCAGCAUUCACCAGAAAAACAAAUUAAACAUAAAUUAUACACAAAUUUUAAAAGCAAGAACACAACUAGAACAAAAAAAAUGAAGUCCAUUUUAGUGCAGUGGCCAUAGUGUUGCUAAACUUUAGUGAUUGGAGUUUUGCCGGUUGGUUCAAGAAUCGAAUGGUUGAAGGGAAGUCGCUGUUCCUGAACCUGGUGGUGUGGGACUUCAGGCUUCUGUACCUCCUGCCCUAACUACAUAAUAUGAUUAAGACUAAUGUCAGUCAUCCAACUAUUGAGAUAAUGGGAUUUGUUAUUACUGAUUGUAAUUCAUAUUUCUAUCCUAUCAAAGAGCAUUUUGGCAAAUUUAAUAUUCUAGAUUAGUACCACCAGGCUCAAGGACUGCUUCUAUCCUGCUGAUAUAAGACUAUUGAACAGUCCCCUAGUACGAUAAGAUGGACUCUUGACCUCACAAUCUACCUCAUUAUAGCCUUGCACCUUAUUGUCUGCCUGCACUGCACUUUCUCUGUAACUAUAACACUUUAUUCUGCAUUCUGUUAUUGUUUUUACCUUGUGCACCUCAAUGCACUGUGUAAUGAAUUGAUCUGUAUGGACCGUAUGCAAGACAAGU